ACAACAACCAAUCAAAACUGCUGCUAUACCGCCGAUACAGAAACAACAGAAACAUAUAGUAUACUCACAACAACUACAACAACAACAACAACUAACACAACAAGUACCCAAAACGAAUCUUUUCCUAACAAUCAUGUUUUAAACGUAGAAUUCAACUCAGGUGGUACAGCUACAACAAAUACGCCAGAGAUAAAAGCAACGACAAUGAGCCAUAAAGCAUCUUCUGCACCGAUGAACCAGCUACCGCAAUUGGAUGAGAACAAUGAGAACUGUGUGAUUGACAUAGCCACAAUGCAAAUUGCUGAUGAUAGCAACUGUACUCGUAUAGCCAUGUCAACAGUGACGAAUCACGACAGCAGCAACAAUAGCAACAAUGAGUUCACAUAUGCAGAUGAGGAUAGCAAUAGGGAGAGAAGUCCCACCACCAACGUGGAGCGAGUGGAGUGUGCAGUGGGUGAUAGUGAAAGUGACAAUGAAGUGGAAAUGAAAACGGAAAUCGAAAGUGAAUGUGAAUCGAAUGUACAAAUUGAGGAUGAGCAUGAGGGCGGUAGCAAGGAGCAGCUUCACCAUCAUUGCCUGAAUGAGUUGGAAAUCAACCAAGUUGAGGAAGAGCAAAUUAUUGCGGAGUUAGUGGAUGCAAGUACACAAGGACGAUGUACAGAAGCCAAGCAAAGCAAUCGUAUGCGCGUCGCCUUUGGCAUAAUUUUGCGAUUAAUGCUGCCACUCGCUAAUGGCGUAAUGCUUAGCUUCAAAGGUAUACGCGAUGCGCGAUUUCUGCGCGUAUUGAAAACCAUCACUUCCAGCCGACAGGCGCUAACCAAUCUGAUGGCGUUUGCGGCGAAUACUAUAUCGUUGAAUUUGUCGUCGGUGCAAGUUUCCCAACGCAUCGAUCCAAUUUUGAAACUUCUGAAAAUACGUAAGACUUGUGAUGGAGUUGAAAGUCUUCCAGAUACGCCUUCCAUAGACAGUGCUCCCUACUUUCCAAUCUCUGCACUACCUAGCCCUCCACUGACACCAACAACACCCGGCAAAUCUGCUUCACCUUCUGAGCAGCUGGGAUUUUCGCCUUUCUUUCGAGAAUCUUCUGGAGCAAUGCCAGCCUUUUCCAACGAUAAGCAAAAAAUCACAGCACCAGAACAACCCGCGCCGAAAUGCUGUACAUUAGAUGUGCUGGCAGAACCGCCAGCAGGACAGCCUAUACGCGCCGAUAUUGUCUUCAUACAUGGAUUGCAUGGUUCAGUGGUGAAUACAUGGAAGCAGGGUCUCUGGGAAAACGACCGUCAACCUGAAGGUUUCGAGCGGCCCCCAAAACCACCAGUACGGCCACCUAAGCGGCCAAAGCACUCACGCACCGUCUUGUUACAUCCACCACACAAGCAUAAGCGUGCGCGAUUCACGCGCAGUGACACGAAUCAGCUGCUAACACAGGAGGAAAUGGAGUAUGAAGGAGUUAAAGACUUGGAUGAUGGGUUCUUCGAUGCGACAGAACAGGAAUUGGGAAAUGGUAUCUCCUAUGUUUGUGGCGUGCCGCAAGAUAUACAAAACUGUGAUGGAAUUGAAUACAGCUUUCCCACGUUCCGCUUGCGCUUGAACGACAACGGUCGGCAAUUGCAAAGUGAAUUCGAACCGAUGCACGAUAGCGAUGGCGCAGACGGCGAACCUCACAUCAACCCGCCUAAGCUGGCGAAUAAUAGCAGUAAGAGAAAAAACCCAACAAAACUUUCAGCCGACGAUCCGAAUUAUUCCAAAUGUUGGCCGGCUGAUUGGCUGCCACUAGACUGCCCUGGCGUUCGCGUCAUAGCCCUUAACUACACCACCGAUCCAUAUCUUUGGCGACCAUUGUGGAAAAAGAAAGAGCCGCGUUCUAACCUCAUCGAACGUGCUCGUGAAAUGGCCGAGUUGCUGAUCAAGCAUCGUGUCGGCUAUGGUCAACCUAUUGUGUGGGUUGGCCAUUCUAAAGGUGGUCUCUUCAUCAAGCAAAUUAUCGUCGAUGCCUGGGAAAGUGGACGCACGGCUACAGCACCGCUGUGGCGUUCUUCACGUGGCGUAUUCUUCUAUUCGGUGCCCCAUCGUGGCUCGCACUUGGCCUGCAUUAAAGCGCCGUUCUUAACACGUUCCGUUGAGAUGCUGGAUAUUGAGAAGAAUAAUAAAUAUUUAUUGGAUUUGCAUCGUCGCUUCGCAGGCCUCUAUCACUUGGGUCACAUCAAAAUUGAAGUGUUCAGUUUUAUAGAGACUGCAUUGACGCUAAUGUCCGUGCUGUAUCUGCGCAUUGUGGGAGUGGAUUCGGCAGAUCCUGGUUUUGGUGAUGUGUGCGGCAUACGCUUGGAUCAUCGCGAGAUUUGCAAGCCACGUGGCAGAGACUGCAUUCUAUACAAAGAAUUAGUCAAAAUGAUUAAGAAAGUGUGUUGAAAUCGAUGAACGGUGCGUCGUUCAGCAACUAUUAAGAAACUAUUAGUACCUUUUUGAAUUAAGGUAAAUAAGUAAUGUUACCAAAGCGAAAAUAUUCAUAUGUAAAUUAUUAUAAAUAAUGUUCUAUUACUAUAAAUAUGUAUUUACAAAUACAUAUGCGUUCUUGUAUGUAUGUGUGUACAUAUAUAGAAAUAAGCAGUUAAAUUUAAGCUGCUUGCAUACCUACACUGCGGUAAAUUACUACGGCACAGAGACUUAUUGACAAGUUUUGACCGUUUAUUUGUCUCUUAUUUAAGUAGUUAGGUGAAAUGGUUGAAGGACCAGUUUGGCACUCGCCAAGUAGCAAUAGAGCGCCGUUUUGAUACCAUAAUGAGACCGCCCAUGAGCAGAUAUCCAGCCAGCACCAGUGACCUUAGUCGUCUAGCUGCUAACCCCGGCCAUUUACAGAGAAAGUGCUCAACAGUCAGGGUUGGGCACUACCACUAAUGUUUUUGUGGUAGUUAAAAUAGGGGUUUCAUUAUCACUAAUUCUUCAGUGUUUUGACUAUUCGCUUAUUGCAUUAAUUAUUUAGUGCACUAUGCUCAAACCUGUCAACAGUCUCCUGCGCUGAAAGGUCCCCACAGUCUUUGCAAUGAUAAAUGAAUGGUAAACCCAGCUUUCCUGGAAAUUGAAUGGCGUGGAUUUCCUAAAUUUUAAUAAUUUUUUAUUACAAUUUUUAAUAAUUCUUUUAUUAAAAUGUGGCUCAUUCUCGUACAAAAAUCAUAAGCACGCAAUUCAAACUUUGUAUAAAUUGAAACAAAAAAUUGAAAAAAAUUCUUCUAAAUUUUUUUAACUCUACGUUGGAAACCUUUUCGAAAA